GAUGAAGAACGCUUUCACGAACAAAACGUACUUAGUCGAAAGUGCCCUCUGAUGUAGUUGGGUUUAGCUGGUUUUUUGAAUUUGUAAAAUUUUUCUCCGGUAUUGUUGAUUGACACUCGUCAGUAUCACAUCAAUCCAAUAUAAAAGAUGUUCCGUUCCGUCUACGACCAGCUCACCGCAGCGAGCUCCUUCCCAGCAACCUCGUUUCAUCUCCUCCCCAGCGACCCAGCGAAGGCUCGUCACACCGGUCUUCUUGACAACUACGUGGCUCACACCAGAACAGCAGGGGAGUAUGAUGCAGACGAUGCUGCGUUUCUUGGAGCUCAGGGCGUUGGCUCCUACUCCUUCGGUUUCUCAUCCUCCUCAACGAGCAAAACCUGGCACGACCACAAUCACAGGCGAAAUCAUCUUCACAACAGCAGGAUAAAAACCGCCUUCAACGAGUCGCCGACGUUCCAGAUCGUCUCCGGGAUCACCGCCGCAAAGGAGCACUGCCUCGUCGCCGACGCACCGGACCGCGAUGGGACAGGCUUGUACCGAAUGUUUGUCGGAUGUGUCUGUGAUGCGAGGCACGAAGUACUGGAUGCUUGUUUCAUGCAUAAAUUACUUGCAGUUGCACUGCAGUUCCUUUCCAGUUUCACUCAAAUAAGACAAAUCCAAAAAUAAAAAACUCUUCCACAGCCAUCUCGCCCCGUGUGAUGAUCAAGUGAGGAAGAUGAACGGCCACGAACUGUAUCGGUUCAUGGACAACGGGGCGCUCUACACACUGAUGGGCAAAAAGUGCAUGACCCUGGAGGACGGCAAGGUGACCGCUUCCGGCGGGUCGGUGACGCUGCAAGACUGCGACGCGGCAACCGCUGCGUCGGAUGGGCGCGCGUUGUGGGAACCCAUGCCGAGCUCGCAGCUGAAGGUGGCGAAGGUCGGGGACUACUGCUUGUCCAUGGGGCCGGAAAAGGCGUCGAUCGGGGAGGUAUAGAAUCGUGAAUAAGAGGAAGAGAGACCAAAGCUAGUGUUGCAGUUCCAAAUGAAGGUUGCAUGAUUCAUUGGCUUUUUCAUGCUGGAUCGAAGUUGUUCUUCUUCUUUUUUCACAAAAAAAUUGAUUCUCGUGAAAACCCCCUCCGCAGACCAACCUGAUCAAGGGCAGUAGCUCCAUCGACGCGUCCAGUAGCAACGGCACCCACACCGCAAAAAUGAUUGCCGACGGAAACGACUCCACGUACUGGGCCAGCGAUUGGGACCCUAGCGAGCCGGAAACGGUGACGAUAGGUAUAAGAGGUGAAGAGCGAUUCGUCAUGUACAUGCUGUGCGUAUGACAUACAAAAUUUUUUUCGCAAAUUUUUUCUUCAUUUCAACUAACCUCACACCAAAACAUUCAGAUCUCGGCAGUUCGCAGAAGCUUUCAAAAGUGGACAUUGACUGGGAGUAUCCGCCAAAAUCUUUCUCUAUCGAAUCCUCCUCCGACGGACACCACUUCAGUUCCUGCAACCGCGUGAAUUUCAACGACAAGUGGACGUACCACAUGCCGGGACGGGCGCUGAAAGCUCGGUACCUGCGAAUCAAGAUGCAUGAAACGCACCCGACGCUGGGCCAACACAAGGAAUCGGGCAGACACCUGUAUGGAAUCCAGCACGUGCGCGUCGUCACUAUCAAAUGUAAAAAUGUCUGGGUCUGGAAGAACGCAACUUGUCAUGCUAAAUCUGAAGCAUGCAAAAAUCUGUAUUGCAUGAUUACCAAAAGUCGUUGAGUUUUGACCAAGUCGCGAGGGAGUUUCUCAUGCGGGAUAGGCAUGAGGGAGAUCGCACAGAAUCUGUCAUGCCAGGUCCUGCAUUCCAGACCUCAUGGGUCAUGGAAAAGCUGCGUGACAAAUAGCGCAUUCUUCCAGACCCAGACACUUUUGCAUUUGAUAGUCACCCGGGCGUUACAACCCAUUCUUCAGAAGUGCAGCGACGCAGCCCGGAGUGCGGAUGCGCGGGACAAAUGGUUUCUCGUCGAGGUCACUGAGUUCAACCCGUGCAAAAACCCGAAGCUGGAUUUACCCCCGCAGGGCGUGCCGCAAACGACGCAGUUCGCGGGCAAUGAGGAAUCGAAGGACGGGCAGAAGAUGGAUGUCAGUGGGGUGCCAAGCAAGGAAAUGAUGUCGGCGGCAGAGGAAUGAUGAUGAUGAUGGAACACGGAGUACUUGAUGUUGAUGUGUAAAUCUCACCUGUCGUUCAUCUCGUCCGUGCAGUAUGCGUAUCAUGGUUCUUUUUGUAUGAAGAUGCUUCAAACAAUAGCAAACCGUUUCUAUUUUGGAGUUCUCUUAGCUAGUUUUUGCAGAACUAUUUUUCGAAGAAAUUUACUUUUCGUAUUCAUUCAUCCACCUCCCUGCGUAAUGUCUAUUCGCACCACAAGAAAUUAUCCCGGCUCCUAGUACGAUUGCAAGAUCAGCUGCGCGGCCGUUAAGAGAGCUCUCGAUGAAACAGAUUGAAACUUCUCAAAAGCAAAACCGAGCAUCAAUGUAUCUGCCAAAAAACGACCGCAGCUGCGCAC